AUGACCAUCCCCAGCCCCGUCUUCACCAUCGCGGACCUGAAAAAUGAAGCAGAGAAGAGAUUCUCCCCUACCACACGAGAAUACUACAACCUCGGCGCCGACGACCUCCAAACCCUCCACGACAACGAAUCCGCCUUCACCCGCUACCGCCUCCUCCCACGCAUCCUCCGCAACGUCGAUCCCAUCGACACCACGACGCGCAUCUUUGGCGAAGACGUCGCCCUCCCGUUUGGAUUCGCCCCAACUGCCGCACACAGACUGGCCCAUUUCGACGGCGAGCUGGCGACUUCGCGCGCGGCCGCCUCGAACGGCAUUCCCAUGUGUCUGUCGUCGUGGGCUACGUCGGGCGUGGAGGAUGUCAUUGCCCAGGGACAAGCCCGGGGAUGGAAAGCGUAUGCGAUGCAGGUGUCAUUCUUUCGGGAUAGGGAGGUGACGCGGGGAGUGAUUGAGCGGGCUGAGCGAGCAGGCUACAAAGCCAUCCUCGUCAGCGUCGACCUCCCCAUCCUCGGCAACAGGCUCAGCGACAGCCGCAACCGCUUCAGCUUCCCACCGGACAUGGAGUUCCCCGUCCUAGCGGAGUCAGAGCACGAACCGGGCUUGAAAGCCGUAACCCCAGACCCGACAAUCACCUGGGACGAGACGAUCCCAUGGCUACGACAACACACUCAGAUGGAGAUCUGGUUGAAAGGUGUAUACACCCCCGCCGACACCCAGCUCGCCAUCGACCACAAACUCGACGGCAUCAUCAUAUCCAAUCACGGCGGGCGUCAGCUAGACGGUGUCCCCGCUGCGUUGGACGUCCUGCGUUUGUGUGCGCCUGUCGCGCGGGGGAAGAUCCCUAUUGCGUUUGAUGGGGGCAUUCGGCGCGGGGCGGACGUGUUUAAGGCGUUGGCGUUGGGGGCGGAGUUUUGUUUUGUGGGGAGGGUGGCUAUUUGGGGGUUGGCUUAUGACGGGGAAAGGGGAGUAGAUCUGGCGAUUCGGUUGAUUCGCGAGGAGUUGAAGAGGACGAUGAUGUUGACUGGGUGUCGGACUAUUAAGGAUAUCUCGCUGGAGCAUUUGGCGGUGUUGGAGUCGGGUGGGCGGUUGGCGAGGUUGUAA